AUGAGAAUUAUUAUUGUAACAUGCCUUUUUCUAAAAGCCAUCUCAUCAUGUCAAGCUUCUGGUACAGAUAUAGCUUUAGACGCAAAGGCAACAUUAUUACAUCGCAUCGACAGUUUAAAUCUCCUAAUUUAUACUUGUCUCCUCACUCUUACCGUCUUAACUAUUUGGGUAUUUAAACAUCGACGUGUUAGUUGGCUUCAUGAAACUGGUUUAGCUGUAAUAUACGGCUUAAUAGUAGGAGCUAUUAUCCGAUAUGGAGGGAGCACAAAUCAGAUCACCCAUAUUGAUGUUCACCCAGCACCUGAUACUAAAUAUAACUUAUCGGUGCCACCUGAUGUGCUGCGUUUUCAUUUUCCUGAUAAAAUUCAGAUAUCCAGUGGAGAUAUUCCAAUACCAAAUAAAACAUAUGCAUACAGCUUUAGAGGUGAAAUUGUGAAUAUUGAACAAAAUGAGAUAGAUCUAAAAGCGACAUUUGAUCCUGAAAUAUUUUUCAACAUCAUUCUUCCACCCAUUAUCUUCCAUGCUGGGUAUUGUCUAAAAAGGAAAUAUUUCUUCAGAAACUUGGGAGCAAUAUUAACAUUUGCAAUGGUAGGCACAGCCCUAUCAGCGUUCGUCAUCGGUGCUCUUAUGUAUGGUUGCGUUCAGCUCAUGCCAGCUUCGUUAGCCGCAAGCUUUACAUUCUUGGACACGCUCUAUUUUGGUGCAUUAAUCUCACCAACUGAUCCUUUGACUGUAUUAGCUAUAUUUUCACAAUUAAAGGUAGAUGUUAAUCUAUAUGCCAUGAUAUUUGGAGAGAGUGUUCUCAAUGAUGCAGUGGCUUUAGUACUUAGCGGAGCUAUACAAAACUAUGAGAAGAGAUACUCUAAUGACGGUGGUUUUGAAAUCACAGCAUUCCUCGGGGCCAUUGGUGAUUUCAUCGGAAUAUUCAGUCUUUCAUUAAUAGUUGGUGCUUUAAUGGGGUGCCUCACUGCAUUGAUGACAAAGUUCACGCACGUUCGAGAAUGGCCGCUCCUGGAGUCUGCACUGUUUGUGCUGAUGUCAUACGCUGCGUUCCUAAUCGCCGAAGUUUGCGAGCUUACUGGCGUAGUUGCCGUUCUCUUCUGUGGUAUAUGUCAAGCGCAUUACACAUACAACAACUUGUCAUCGGAUUCACGAAACCGGACGAAACAACUAUUUGAACUGCUCAAUUUUCUUGCUGAGAAUUUUAUAUUUACAUACAUCGGUGUAUCUAUGUUCACGUUCCCCAAACACCACUUCGAUCCGUGGUUCAUUGUCGCUGGAUUUAUCACUUCCACCCUUGGACGUGCUGUGAAUAUUUAUCCAUUAUCAUUUCUUUUGAAUUUGGGACGGAAACCGCCGAUACCGAUGAAUUUCCAGCACAUGUUAUUCUUCUCAGGUCUCCGUGGUGCUAUGUCAUUCGCGCUAGCUAUCAGGAACACUGUCUCCGAGGCUCGGCAGGCGAUGCUAACCACCACAUCGCUUAUAGUCAUCGCUACUGUUGUACUACAAGGUGGGGCGGCUACACAUGCCCUGGCCUAUCUUCGUAUACCGACCGGACAAGGUCAGAACGAUGAGAACGAAGCUCUUCCAUAUCGUGAUGUGAGAAGUCUAUACCAGGCCACGGACUCCAGCCAACCGACUGGCCGCAUGGUAGUUAAGUGGGAAAAUGGAGAGAAGCAAGUCACUAUGCCUUGGCAACUUGAUUAUUUUGACGAGAGAGCGGGCGGUGACCAUGUAAGCGGCGAGAAGGCCAGGUUGGCCCGACUGUGGGGCGCGGUGGACUCGCGUCUACUGAAGCCGCUGCUAACUCACGCCCGUCCGCCACUGACUGAAACCUUGCCCGCGUUCAUGAGUCCUCUUGCGCGACUCCUCACUACCACCCACCAGUACACCCAAGGAGAUAGUAAUCUUCGAAGAACUGACUCCGAUUCCGACCUUUGUAUUGACGAACCACAACCCGUGCCUACUAGCAUUGACCCACAGCUAUCAAUUAAUGUUCGGAAUGGAUAUGGGCAUGUUUAA